CGUUUAGGAAAGUACCAUUACAAUAAAAUACAACGUUUUUUAUGUGAAAUUAAAAAAAAGUUAAGCAUAAAAAUGUGUUCAAUUGUGUUUCAUCACAAAUCUACCAAACACUGAUUGUCAGCAUGUGGUUGGUUAAUAUGUCUGUGGCAAUCUUGCUUGUUCUGUGCCAAAGAGGUUUGUGUAGCUUGAAUCUGUGUAGAUCAGAAUUCUCCAUUUGUCACAUUUUACUUCAGUGAUGUAAGUUUUUGGAAACCUUGUGAAAAAUGUGUGAUUAGUAAAAGGACAAUAACAGUGAGGGACAUUAAGGUGGAGCAAGACCGGAUACAUUCUCUUGGUUUAUAUCGUUCGCGCACUGAGAGGUGGCACUCUGCAUUCCCACAUGCACAUCUUUAACUUCCUUGUUCUUGUGGCUCUUGUGUACUCUCUCUCUCAACCCUAGCGUUUGUACCAUGGGAUUUAUUAAACAACGUGGUCGUGCUCUAUACUGUCUGUUUGCCUUUUUACUUCUCUACAAUUUCUUAUCCCAAAGAAAAACACUGCUAUUCUUAAGUCAAUUCAGGAGCAGCCCUACCAAAAUUCUCCAACAGAACAUCACCAUCCUCCUGUGGCACUGGCCAUUUGGAAUCCACUACAGACUUGACAGAGAUGUGUGUUUGGAAAAAUACGGAAUUCCAAGAUGCUUUCUGGAGGAUAACCAAUCCCUUUUCACUCAAGCUGAUGUUGUGGUGUUCCACCACCAUGAACUCUGGACUGGACGCUCCAAACUUCCUCUCCACCUCUCCCGUCCGCCUUUGCAGAAGUGGCUUUGGUUGUCAUUGGAACCUCCUGUGAACAACCACAACCUUAGCAACUACAAUGGCUUGUUCAACUGGACCAUGAGUUAUCGACGUGACGCGGACAUAUUCAUGCCAUAUGGAGAGCUUGUUUCGAAAAACACCAAUGACACAUACAUAAUUCCUAAAAAGGGAAACUGCUUGAUCGCCUGGGUGGUUAGCAGAUACGAGGCCAGUCAGAAUCGCUCUCUAGUUUUCCAGCAGCUUUCAAAACACGUUCCAUCUAAACUAAUAGAAGUAUAUGGUAACUGGCCUAAGCGCCCAUUGUCCAACAACAACCUGCUGUCCACUAUAUCUCGAUGCUACUUCUACAUUGCUUUUGAAAACUCGAUAUCAACAGACUACAUCACUGAGAAGUUGUGGAGAAACUCCCUUCAAGCGGGAAUUGUGCCGGUGGUGCUCGGCCCACCCAGGAACGUUUAUGAGCUUUCAAUUCCCAGGGAGUCGUUCAUUCAUGUAAAUGACUUCAACAGCACUAAGGCGCUGGCUACUUUCUUAAGUCAAGUUUCCGUGAAUAGAGAGCGUUAUGAAUCUUAUUUUAAAUGGCACCGUCACUAUAAUGUUAAAACGUACACAGACUGGAGAGAGAGACUCUGUAAUAUUUGCAAGUGUUAUCAUCAGUUAUCUAAGCACAAGAAAAUGUACAAUGAUCUGUAUAGCUGGGUCAACAGGUAACACUACUUAUGGCAAAUAUUUUAGGCUAUUAUUUAUUUUAUUAAAUGUGUUUAGUUAUGUCAAAAAAGCUUCUUAUUUGCAACCUCAAGACAAAAAGUUAAGCAUCAUUGGGGAUAUUUGUGGGCCUAUUUUGGUCAUAAGUGUCACCCUUCUGAUAUGCAUAUUCACUUCCCUCAGAAUGGUCUUAAUUCUCUUCAGUUCUCAUAUUGUUUAUUUUUUACAAGACUAUCAAUGCCUUCUUUUUUUGUUAGUUUUUUAAAGGCAUACUUAGUUUCUCAACCAUUUGUUAAGAUUUAGCAAUACAGUGCACUAAAUCUGCACCCAUGCUGCAAGGGAGGGUACUCUCAGAUUGACAGUAACUGCCAACAGAAAACCAAAAUGAGUCACACCUCACUUUUGCAGCUGUGGGGUGUUGGUUAUAUGCCAGGGUGUUGGUUGCUCUAAAAGACAUAACUGUUAAAAACAGCAUGUUGUGGCCUCAUUUUACUCAGAAUGUCCAUUUAAAGCAUCAAAUGAAAGGAUUGUGGGAAUUAUUAGAUAUACAGUAGGAACCUUUAUGUUAGCACAAUGCUGUGUUGCCAUAUAAAAAUAAUUUGUAAAAUUAAAUAUAAACGAUAGAGUAUCCUAUUUCAUUUCUAAAGAUGAAAUGUAUUAAUUGUUCUAAACGUCCUGUGUUAAUCACACUAUAAGUGAAGAGCACUUUUCAGUUUUUUAGCAGCAAACUUUAGCAGUUUUUUUAGAGAUACUUUUUUUAGCAGUUUUUAGCAGUAGCACUGUAAGGUUGCAGUUCACUUGCCUGUAGAGACCACAAAAAGCCAAUGUUUGGCUUAAAGGGAUACUCCACCCAAAAAUAAAAAUUCUGUUAUGAAUUACCAAAUCUGUGUAAAUUUCUUUGUUCGGUUGACCACAAAGAAAGAUAUUUUGUAUAAUGUUAGCAAUUGACAAUUCUGGGGCAUCAUUGACUACCAUGGUCGAAAAAAUAUUGUAUCAUUUUUUUUGUUCUGUUGAACACAAAAGAAGAUAUUUUGAAUAAUUUAGGAAAGUAAACAGUUCUGAGGCACAUUUGACUAACAUUUAUUUUUUCCUAUAUGGUAGUCUAGUCAAUGGUGCCCCAGAAUUGUCAGUUGCUUACAUUCUUCCAAAAAUCUUUCUUUGUGUUCAACCGAACAAACACAUUUUUACAGACCGUGGAACAACUAGAGUGAAUAAUUCGUGACAGAAUUCUUAUUUUUGGGUGAAUACAUAUUUUUUAAAAUAACACCUUUAUGGUACAUAAUAAUAAGGUAUUUUAUUCAUUUUAUUUUAUUUUAUUAAGCUUUUAUUCAGCUCUAACAUUGUGUGUUGUUGUUUAAAUUCUUAUGAUGAAACUGAAAACGGAUGUCUUGACAUCAGAAAAAGAGGACAGGUCUCACAUCCUCUUUAACAAUAAA